GCAGUUUACUGACACCGCUACAACGUGUUUUUAUCGCUGGCUGUCCAGACGGAAGGUGCUGAAACGCUUUGUCGCGUGUCUGGAAGAAGUGAAAACUUUCCUGGGCAGCAAAGGGCUCACCUUUCCUGAGCUGGAACAGCCAGAGUGGCUGGAAAAGCUACACUUCAUGGUAGACAUGACAGCGCACCUGAACACGCUGAACACAGCUCUUCAGGGGAAAGGACGUACAGCCCUGCACAUGUUGGAGGAUGUUUUGGCAUUCGAGCGCAAGUUGACAGUGCUUGCCAGAGAUUUACAGAAAGGCACUUUGUCUCACUUCCCCAAUUUGAGAGUGUUCAAACAAGGUCACGACAUGAUAAUUUCGGAGUAUUUACAUUCUGCAAUCAUCGCAAUGCAAACAUCGUUUGGGAAACGCUUCUGUGAGUUCAGAGAGGAAAAAAACACAUUAUCCUUCCCGGUCACUCCCUUAAGCAUCGAUCCUUCCCUACUGAAUACGACUGCAUUGGCAGGUGUGAGUCAACCUGAUCUUGAGAUGGAACUGGCCGACAUAGCCGACAAAGACAUAUGGGUGUCCAAGUUUAGACGCUUGACAGCAGACCUUGAAGAUGUUGUCCGUCAGAAGGCCGUUCUUGCUCAGAAACACAAAUGGAGUGAUAUUGAAAACCUCACAGAUGACAGCUUGCGAUCCUGUGUAAAGAUGAAGGUGACAUCAUACAGCCCUGAUGUGCAGACGCUGUGCGCUGAGGUCCAGGAGCAGAAAUCCCAUUAACCAAGAUGACAGCUGGCUGACGUUAUUUUUGGUUUGCUGCUGGCGGAAAAUUUAAGUUUGGCGUUUUUCAUAAAUACAAGAAGGACUCAAAUAGACAUUGAAUAUUUUACUUAAAAGUAACUUUCAACCCAACGUCUUUUUUUCGGAGUUCAAAAUGUUUUUGUUGCAUGCAGAAAUGUAAUUUC